AUACGUAUUAAAAUUAUAAAAUCACGAGAAUUAUAUAAAAAUGUCUCAGCACUGGCAUGGCCAUUGGACAGAAGAUGCAUUUGCUCCAAAAAGAUUGCGAAAUUGGGAAGUUCCUAAAUGGUAUCCUAGUUGGCCAGACAGACAUUGUGUCACUACGAAAUUUAUUGCAGAUAAUAAUGGACGUAUGUUAGACAAUGCCAAAAGAGUUGGACAUUCACCAUGGGGAACAUUUAAAGGCACUUGGGAUUUGCCAAAGAAAAUUACUGCAAGCAUUGCUAAAGAAUUAUCAAUAUCGCCUCAAUAUAAAAAAGAUUUAUGGGAACAGCACAAGAAGAAACAUGAGAAUUUAUGUAAAACGGUAAAACACGCAAACAAGAAUGGGAAUAAGGAAAUCAACAAACCAUAAAAAGAUAACAACAAAGAGUUAAAAUGAAUAAAAAUACAUAUAUACACGCAAAGAAUGUCACAUAAAAGGAUGAGAAGGAUAAAAGAAGUCACA